GAUCCUCAAUGUGUCAUGUGUGUUUCUCAGAGAGACGUAUAUUAUAAUAAGACGAGGGUGCAAUGUGUCAGCGGCUUGGAAUGGUUCUGGAUCCGAACGGCAGACGGAAUGAAGUGCUUCUUUUAGACUCACCUGCCAGCAUCUGACUAAAGGAGAGAUCUGUGCUGUCUGUCUCUCUCUCUCUCUCUCUCCCCCUCUCCUUUCUCCCUCCUCGUCUCCUGCUCGCUGCAGUCUCUCCCUCCCUCACUGCAUUUUUCCCAGACCGAGGCGUCCAUGGACCCUCUGGCUCCGCUGCUUUUUUUCCCAGUGACUCUGAGCGCUCAGAGAACUUUGUGAACUCUCGGCGUCGGAGCGGGAGGGCAGACGGAGGAGAGGGAGCAGUGGAUGGGACGGCGUCGGGUCAUGGCAGGGCAGCGCCUCGGCCUCCUGACCCCCCUGGCUCUGCUGGGACUCCUCGUGGGGCUCGCAGACCUCAGCCACGGCUUCGCCGGCGAGGACGAGGAUUACUACAUGCAGGAGCUGCUGACCAGAGAGCAGCUCAACCAGGUGCGGGUGCAGGAGAAGCCUGCGGCCUCGACACCUGACAUGCACGAGCAGCCGAGCCAGAGUCCCACCAAGAAAGCGCCCAAGGGAGAUGCAGGCAGCGGCAGGCAGACGGGUAAAACCACUGCUGAUGGAAAAACAGUGAAAACGCCCAACAAAAAGGCAGAGAAGAGCAAGAAGAGCGCCGCGAAAAGCGCAACCGGCACCUCAGACGGAGGCCGUCAGUACAACUCGAUGAAUGAGGAAUGCCCUCCCAUGGGACUGGAGACAUUGAGGAUUGAUGACUUCCAGCUUCACGCUUCAACUACAAAACGCUACGGCCUUGGAGCACACAGAGGUCGUCUCAACAUCCAGGCCGGCAUUUAUGAAGACGACCUCUACGACGGGGCCUGGUGCGCUGGGAUAGAUGACCCGCUGCAGUGGUUCGAGGUGGACGCCAGGAGGCUGACAAAGUUCACAGGGGUCAUCACACAAGGCAGAAGCUCCCUCUGGUCGAGCGAUUGGGUAACUUCGUACAAGGUGAUGGUGAGCAACGACAGUCACACCUGGAUAACGCUGAAGAACGGCUCAAAGGACCUGAUCUUCAUCGGCAACAGGGAGAAGGAGAUCCCGGUCCGGAACAUGCUUCCGGAGCCAGUGGUCGGCCGAUACAUCCGAGUCAACCCUCGAUCUUGGUUUCACAGCGGCAGCGUCUGUAUGAGAGUGGAGAUCCUUGGCUGUCCAAUGCCAGAUCCCAAUAAUUAUUACCACAGACGCAAUGAAGUCAUCACAACAGACAACUUGGACUUCAGACACCACAGCUACAAAGAAAUGAGGCAGCUUAUGAAGGUGGUCAAUGAAAUGUGCCCCAACAUCACCCGGAUAUAUAACAUAGGAAAGAGCCACAGUGGCCUCAAGCUGUAUGCCAUAGAGAUUUCUGACAAUCCAGGAGAACAUGAAGUGGGUGAACCAGAGUUUCGCUACACGGCAGGUUCCCAUGGUAACGAGGUGCUGGGACGAGAGCUGCUCCUCCUGCUGAUGCAGUUCAUGUGUCUGGAGUAUCGGUCCGGCAACCAGCGGAUACGUCACCUGGUGGCAGAGACCAGAAUCCACCUGUUGCCAUCUCUCAACCCCGAUGGGUACGAGAAAGCCUUUGAAGCGGGUUCCGAGCUCAGCGGCUGGUCUCUGGGUAGAUGGAGCAAUGAUGGCAUUGACAUUCACCACAACUUCCCCGAUCUGAACUCCAUUCUGUGGGAAGGCGAGGCCAAGAAGUGGAUCCCUCGCAAAAUGUUCAACCACCAUGUGCCCGUUCCCGAGUGGUACUUGUCCAAAAAUGCCUCGGUUGCCGUGGAGACGCGGGCUCUGAUCGCAUGGAUGGAGAAGAUACCCUUCGUGCUGGGCGGUAACAUCCAGGGAGGGGAGCUGGUGGUGACCUUCCCGUACGACAAAACUCGCUCCCAAGGGGUGGCCAGGGAGCAGACCCCGACUCCGGACGACCACGUCUUCCGAUGGCUGGCCUUCUCCUACGCGUCCACCCACCGCCUGAUGACGGCCGCCAACCGGAGGGUUUGCCACACGGAAGAUUUCGCCAAGGAGGACGGCACCAUCAACGGGGCGUCCUGGCACACCGCGGCCGGCAGUAUGAAUGAUUUCAGCUAUCUGCACACCAACUGCUUCGAGUUUUCGAUGUACGUGGGUUGCGACAAAUUCCCGCAUGAAAGCGAACUGCCCGAGGAGUGGGAAAACAAUCGCGAGUCUCUUCUUGUCUUCAUGGAGCAGGUGCAUCGUGGGAUCAAAGGUGUGGUGAGGGACCUUCAAGGUCGCGGAAUAGCUAAUGCCAUCGUUUCCGUGCAGGGCAUCGGCCAUGAUAUCCGCACAGCUUCUGAUGGGGAUUACUGGCGCUUGCUGAACCCGGGGGAGUACAGAGUGACAGCAAAGGCUGAAGGAUACAGCAUCACGAGUAAGAAGUGCGAGGUGGGCUACGAGAUGGGCGCCACCAGCUGCAACUUCAUCAUCGGGCGCACUAACCUGUCACGGAUCAAAGAAAUAAUGGAAAAAUUCAACAAGCGGCCAAUCAGAUUGCCAGUCAGUCAGCUCCAAGCUCGCAGGACCAGAGAGAUGCGCCUGGGAACAUAAAGACUGUAAGCGGAAGAAUUAAAAACAAGCAUAUGCACUGAUCUAACUGAGGUCAACAGUGUGGAGAUUCCUCCAGAGUGCCGUAGGUGGAAUUAGUGUGAUUGAUAAUGAGGAUUAAUUUAAACAGGAUGCAUUAUUUGUCUUUCUGUUUUGUUUUAGUUUUAUUUUUUUUUCCACCCAGACAUAAGCUCUGUCUAUUUCAACUAAAUGUUUUUAUAUGCAGUGCAUUUUGUAAAGGUUAAGUUUAUCAUCCCUUUUUUUAUUAUAUUAAUAUAUUAUAUUAUUAUUAAGACAUUUUCAACCUUUUGAUGACAUCAACUUUAACAACUUACGGAAUCAACUUUAUUCAACAAUAUUACAAAACAAAAGUCUGUCUUAACCUUUCAUUUUAACCACUGUGAGGAAUGACUACAUGUACAUACUUAUUAACUUAUAUAACACAGUUAAGUAAACCACUACAAAAUCUGUAUUAUCUUAUCAGUUGUACAAUUCUGUGCUUUUGAAAGUAAACUUUUGGACUCAGUGACCAUUUGUGUCACACUUAUUUCAUUAAAUGAAGACUAUGUUUGCACAAAUUGAAA